GGGGGGAGGGGGCGGGGGGGGCCGCGCCGCGCGAGCCGUUGGGCCUGGCUCGAGGAAGGCGUUGCCGCCGCCGCCGCCGCCGCCGCCGCCGCCGCCGCCGCCAGGAAACCCCAGGAGCGGGCGCGAGCGCAGCGUGGCCAUGGGCCGGAGCAGGGCCCCGCCGGCGCGGCUGGGCGGCCGCCGGUGACAGACACUGAUCUGUCUACCACGCCUCCUGCAUGUCCUGCUGCCCUGAGCUGUGCCGAGCAAGGUGACAGUGCGUCCUGCUGCCACCAUGAAUGAGGUGUCCGUCAUCAAAGAAGGUUGGCUCCAUAAGCGCGGUGAAUACAUCAAGACUUGGAGGCCCCGGUACUUCCUGCUGAAGAGUGACGGCUCCUUCAUUGGCUAUAAGGAGCGGCCGGAGGCCCCUGACCAGACCUUACCCCCCCUAAACAACUUCUCCGUUGCAGAAUGCCAGCUGAUGAAGACCGAGAGGCCACGGCCCAACACCUUUGUCAUCCGCUGCCUGCAGUGGACCACGGUCAUCGAGAGGACCUUCCACGUAGACUCUCCAGACGAGAGGGAGGAGUGGAUGCGGGCCAUCCAGAUGGUUGCCAACAGCCUUAAGCAGCGGAGCCCUGGGGAGGACCCUAUGGACUAUAAGUGUGGCUCCCCUAGCGACUCUUCAGCAGCUGAGGAAAUGGAGGUGGCCGUGAGCAAGGCGCGGGCCAAGGUGACCAUGAAUGACUUCGACUAUCUCAAGCUCCUGGGCAAGGGCACCUUUGGCAAAGUCAUCCUGGUGCGGGAGAAGGCCACCGGCCGCUACUAUGCCAUGAAGAUCCUGCGGAAGGAGGUGAUCAUUGCCAAGGAUGAAGUCGCCCACACAGUCACGGAGAGCCGAGUGCUCCAGAACACCAGGCACCCAUUCCUCACCGCGCUGAAGUACGCCUUCCAGACCCACGACCGUCUGUGCUUCGUGAUGGAGUACGCCAAUGGUGGCGAGCUGUUUUUCCACUUGUCCCGGGAGCGUGUGUUCACGGAGGAGCGCGCUCGCUUCUACGGCGCUGAGAUUGUCUCAGCCCUGGAGUACCUGCACUCGCGAGACGUGGUAUAUCGGGACAUCAAGCUGGAGAACCUCAUGCUGGACAAGGACGGGCACAUCAAGAUCACGGACUUUGGGCUGUGCAAGGAGGGCAUCAGCGACGGGGCCACCAUGAAGACCUUCUGUGGGACCCCCGAGUACCUGGCCCCUGAGGUGCUGGAGGACAAUGACUACGGCCGGGCAGUGGACUGGUGGGGUCUGGGCGUGGUCAUGUACGAGAUGCUGUGUGGCCGCCUGCCCUUCUACAACCAGGACCACGAGCGCCUCUUCGAGCUCAUCCUUAUGGAGGACAUCCGCUUCCCCCGCACACUCAGCCCCGAUGCCAAGUCCCUGCUGGCCGGGCUGCUAAAGAAGGACCCCAAGCAGAGGCUUGGUGGGGGCCCCAGUGACGCCAAGGAGGUGAUGGAGCACAGGUUCUUCCUCAGUGUCAACUGGCAGGACGUGGUCCAGAAGAAGCUCCUGCCACCUUUCAAGCCUCAGGUCACCUCUGAGGUGGACACCAGGUACUUUGAUGACGAGUUCACCGCCCAGUCCAUCACAAUCACCCCCCCGGACCGCUAUGACAGUCUCGGCUCGCUGGAGCUGGACCAGCGCACGCACUUCCCCCAGUUCUCCUACUCGGCCAGCAUCCGCGAGUGAGCGCCCGCCGACGCCCGCGCACACGCACACAGGCCGCCAGCACCGCCGGGCCGCUCGCUCUCUUCCCCCAUCCUCCUCUCUCCCUCUUUUUUAAAAAACAUCUUUUUAUUUUGCCUUUUAGUUUGCGUCCCAAUCGCUCACCUUCUCAGCCCCUCUGAAGCUCUCUCUUAGCCCCUCCAAACCCUCCUCAGCGGCCCCCACAGCCCCGCUCCCAGGCCCUGUUCUGCCCUCCCCUCUGCCCGGACCAGGGCUGGGGAUGCCACCCCACUGGAGAUCCCGGCUUCAGCAACAUAGCCCUGGCAAGGUGCCAAAUGGAGCCAGGGCCACAAAGCAAUAACGACCAGGGCCAGGCCGGACUUGUGGAAGCUGUGAGGGAGGCCUGAGCCCCCUCAUGUGGACAAAGAGCCAGCAGCCGUGUGGGCGGCCCUUAGGGGCGGGGCUGGGUGCUUCCUCCCAGCCCUGACGUACUCUGAGCUGUGCUCCUGAUGGGGGUGAGGCAAAUGAACAUUGGGGGGUUUGUCUCCCUGCCUCUCCCCGGCCCCGUGCCUUACCAGGGCUUCCUUCCAGCUGGCCUUACCUCCUGCUGGACCUCAGGCCUGGCCCCAGCCCCUUCCAAAGGGGAGGAGGGACUGGGAUCACCCCCUUCUCUGCCUGGGACGGAGGGUGCCAGCCUGUUACGCAUCUCGCACCGAGACAGUAUUGGCCCGGGCCUGGGGGCAGGGCUCGUGUCUGGUACUUCCUGAGUGGGGGACCUCUGAGAAGGCGCCUCCCUCGCCCCCUGUCUCUGAGCCCCACAUUCUGCAGCCUUAAGGUGAAUGUGUGUCUGCUGUGGGCAUGUGUGGGGGCCCCGGGCCUGUGCGUGCCAGGGGUGUGAGUAGCAACUCAGCUUCGGGUGUGCGUGUGCGCGCGCGCGCGCGCGUGUGUGUGUGUGUGUGUGUGUAUGUGUGUGUGUGCGCGCGCAUGCGCGCAUGUGCACGUGUGUGAUGGGGGAGGGCUUGGGCCUGGCCCUGGCCCGUGCAUUUCAUCCCUGGGAGGGGUGUGCCUGCACGGGGAGGGGGGGCCUACCUGAGGUCCUCUGUUGUCCUGGCCCGCCCCCAACUCCCCAUCCCCACCCCCACUGCUCCAGGAGUUUGAAUUUAGUUUUCGUGGUUUUGAUCUUCCCACCCGCCUCCUGUACUAGGUAGUUCACAGAAAGACAUCCUGGGGUGGGGGUGGGGCUGGGUUUCUUGGGGAGGG